GGCCUGUGGCGGAUCAUUUCCCGAUUGGAAAGGCCCCGGGUUUGUGUGAGGAGAGCCCGAGCCCGAAUGUCGGCCUUUAUCCGGGUCGGCGCGGGAGUGACAGCAGCUUGUGGAAAGGUGGCCGAGCUGCUGUUUGUCCUGAUUCAGUGUCGCCCUGCGAAAAGAUUUGGAAUAUUUUACCACGUCAAGGGCGCUAUAUAAAUGUACCAUGCCCUAAGAAGGUGUUGGCGACCAUGGACCUCCAUGUUAAUCUUGUUCUGAAGAAAAAUGAGGAUCCAAUGGAUGUUCACAUAAUGGAAGGAUUUCUACGAUGCCGGAAAUGCAGAAGAUUUGUAUUGGAUGCUGGUAGUUUGUCCCCUUCCCAUGGGAUGCAGCCUUCGAAAUCACCUAAUGCUGCUGAGGAAUCUGUCGGGCAAAGCAACUGCAUGGUUUGGCAUGUGAAGUUAGAGGCUCUUCCUUCUUGGAUAACAAAAGAAAUAGAGAAGUCAUGGUGGACAAUUGGGAAGCUGAACUGCCUGCACUGUGGGGCCCGCCUGGGGGAUUUUAACUUUGUCAGCAAUGCUAAGUGCCCUUGUGGGCAAGCAGUGACUGUACAUAUUUGUAAGAGCCGUACUGACUAUGAAGCACCACGUUUAAUCAGAAUAAUUGAGCCUGCAAAGGUGAAAUCUCUACAGAAAGUACGGUACGUGUACAAAUUAGAAACUGUGGAGAACAUGGAGCGUGGGACAGAAAACAUCAUGUCUCUCCACAGGCAUAAAGAAUUUUUACAUCAUUCAAGAAAGAUGGAUCGUGAAAGAAUAACUGAAGCACUUUGCCUGGAGGCAAGAUCAGGCAGUCGAGGAAUGGUAGAAGUUGACAGCAAUGAAUUUAACUUCAAAGCAGCUUAUCCACAGCCAUGGUCUUCUGCUUCACAGCCUCUGAGAGCCAGAUGUACAAUGAUAGGUUUUCAUAAAAAAUCUCACAGUCUGGAUUUUAGCAGCACAAACUCAAAGGAUGCAGCUGUUAGUUUUUCAAGCAUACAUGGAUUGUGCCCGCGAUCUUCAUCUUGUGGAAUUAUAAUGCAUCACAUUGGUGAGAUUGCAAGCCCUAGACAGUUUCCAUUGGCAGAAGGUGCUAACCUACAGCUACCUGUAUCUGAAGAAUCCAACAGUCCUGCCUUUCAGAGGCCAUACAGUCGAGAGUCUGAUUUUGUGUCAUGUUCUCAAUCGUUCAAUAAUAGUCUCGUAGAAGAAGUGCAAGAGGAUUUAGGUCCUGGGCCAUCUGUGCUAAGACAUUGCAGAAGCAAAGUUGUCAAUGUUUCUGCCACUGUCCGAGGUUGGUCACCUGAUUCGAGUACUGAAGCAAGUGACAUAGAGGAGUGGGAGGAGGGACGUGAUGCAGGCACAAGCAACCCUUGUAACGAUUCAGCACCAUGCGUUCCCUUAUUCUCCACUCUAAGUGAAAGAACACUGAGUAAAAGACAGAGAAACAAACUUAAAAAUUUGAAAAGAAAACAACGGAAACGAGAGCGAUGGCAUCAGAGCAAGUUGAAGGAGCCAAAACAGACUUCCAGUUCAAAUCUAACCACUUCAGGUGAUGAAGAUGAAAUCAAGUGGGAGAAGGAAGGAUACAUUUGUGCUGUUUGUCUGGAUAUAUUUUUCAGUCCAUAUAUGUGUUAUCCUUGUCAUCAUAUCUUUUGUGAGCCUUGUCUUCGGACUCUUGCAAAGGACAACCCUGCGAAUACACCAUGCCCUUUGUGUCGCACUGUCAUCACAAGAGUCUUUUUUCAAACAGAGUUGAAUAAUACCAUGAAAAGUUUAUUCUCUGAGGAGUACUUAGCCAGAAGACAAAGCUUUCAAAAAGCAAGCUGUGCAAAGUGGCCAUUACCUAGCUGCAGGAGACUGUUCAGAGUCUUGGGAGGUUUUGGAAGACAUUCAGAUCCUGUUGCAAGAAGACAGUUCCCUCAUGGUGCCUACAGACUGGAUUUUGAGGAUGACAAUCGUGGCUGGAGAUUUGAUAUGGACAUGGUUAUCAUUUAUAUCUAUUCUGUCAACUGGGUCAUUGGAUUCAUAAUUUUUUGCUUUCUCUGCUACUUUUUCUUUCCAUCUUUUUAAAUUGGUGCUUCAGGACCAUGGCAAAAUGAAGACUGAGAAAAAGUUGAACAUAAUGUUGGAUGCAAGAAAUUCUUGAAGUUUCCCAUCAAUCAAAACCAUUAUCAAAACAGUGUUUUACCAAUGUGUAUCUGCCCCCUAGAUCAUCAAACUCAUCUUUAUCCAGAAAUUGCUGUCCAUUGUGUUAAGAUAAUCCUUGAAAUUUGAGUAUUCCAAUGUUCAUUUUCAGAACUCUGGUACUUGGGAAUGAGGUGGGAACACAAGACACAGAGACUAGUUAACCCAGCUUAAAAACACAACUGAGCACCAUAUUACAACCCCAAACUGUCAUCUUUGUAGACAAUUUCGUUUCUUGAAAGUGGAAGAGGACUGCCUCCCUGUUGACUGUCAUAACCUGCUUUACUCUUAUUUACGUUGUCUUUCAGAGUUUAUUUGAGUGGUUGUUGUUUUGUAAGAUAAUUGAAGACUGUAAUAUAAAAGUUGUAGCUAAAGUCUGAAAUAAUCUGUUUUUGGAUUCACAUUAACAAUUUAGAACUGGGAAUGAGAACAACUAAAAAUAAAGGAGGAGAGCAAAGGGGAGAAGGUUUUCCUCUUUGAAGAGGAACUUAUCUUUGGUUUUGUAAAACUCAGAGCUGAAGCUGAAGAAUGUUUAUGAAUGCAGUAUACUCUACCAUUUUUGCAAUUUUAUGUAUUACUGAUGUAUUCAUUUCAAUAAAAGAGUUAUGAGUCUG